ACCGCUCCGGCUUCCUUCUCAUGUCAGCAUUGUAGUGCAUUUACGUGUUUACAGCAUCUUGUAAACACUAGGUAUAUUGCAUUUAUGUGGACGUUUUUUUUUCGGUAAAACAUAGCUCAUCUGAAAUCACACAACAUCGGUCCUCCAUCGACGUUUUUACGAGCGUUAUACACACAGUAUUUAUCCACUGAUUCAUUGAUUCUUUACUUGUCAUGUGGUAUGUCAUCAUAGUGCAAGAUCUUUUGAGGACAUAUCAGGAUUGAUGCCCAGCAGAUUAAGAUGGAACUGUCUGAAGCCAUUACGCACAAGAAUGGGAGGCAUCGGAAACCUCUGGUGUCCAACUCGGAUGUGAGUGGAAGGGAGCCCAAGCUGUCUGAUUUAGAAGUGGAUGGUGAUGAGGAAGCUCUUUUGCAGAACUCGGACAGGGAAGAUGGACCAGCUAAUGUGCGUAACGGGAUUCACGGAGAGCUGGGCAAUGUGGCCCUGCUACUGUUCUUGUAUGUGCUUCAGGGCAUUCCCUUAGGCCUGGCUGGAAGCAUCCCUCUCAUCAUGCAGAGUAAGAGCGUCAGCUACAAGGACCAAGCCUAUUUUAGUUUCGUCUUUUGGCCCUUCAGCCUAAAGCUGCUCUGGGCUCCCCUGGUGGACUCGCUAUACCUGGGGCAAUUUGGUAGGAGGAAGUCAUGGCUGGUACCCACUCAAUAUCUGCUGGGUCUUUUUAUGCUCUAUCUGUCAUCCACGGUCGAUGCAAUGCUUCAGACAGAUGGACAGAAGGGACCUGAUGUGAUCACCCUGACUGCAGUCUUCUUCAUUCUGGCUUUCCUCGCAGCCACACAAGAUAUUGCCGUUGAUGGUUGGGCUUUGACCAUGCUGUCCAGGGAGAAUGUGGGUUACGCCUCCACUUGUAACUCUGUGGGCCAGACAGCUGGAUAUUUCCUUGGCAAUGUAUUGUUUCUUGCUCUUGAGUCUGCUGAUUUUUGCAACAAGUAUCUGAGAUUUGAGCCUCAGGAACAGGGCAUUGUAACACUCUCAGAUUUCUUGUUUUUCUGGGGGAUUGUUUUCAUGGUGUCGACCACUCUGGUUGCUGUCCUGAAAAAGGAGAACGGCAGACAACACCGUUCCAAGAAGAAGCCCAGAGAGGAGGCAAAUGGUGUUAUGGAAACUUACAAGCUUUUGUACUCCAUCAUUAAAUUGCCCACUGUCUUUACCUUCUGUAUCCUGCUGCUAACCGCUAAGAUUGGUUUCUCUGCUGCGGACGCUGUGACGGGGCUGAAGCUAGUGGAAGCUGGGGUUCCUAAAGAGCAGCUGGCUCUGCUGGCAGUUCCCAUGGUGCCCCUGCAGAUCCUGCUGCCUUUAGUUAUUAGUAAAUACACAGCUGGUCCACGUCCACUUGAUGUUUUCUACAAGGCAUUUCCUUUCAGGCUGCUGAUUGGUCUGGAGUAUGCCCUACUAGUCUGGUGGACCCCAACUGUUCAGCAGGAGGAGGGCUUCCCUGUGUAUUACUAUGCUGUUGUGCUGCUCAGCUAUGCUGUGCAUCAGGUGGCACUAUAUAGCAUGUAUGUGGCCUGUAUGGCCUUUCAUGCUAAGGUUAGUGACCCUGUGAUAGGCGGCACCUACAUGACACUUCUGAACACUGUGACUAAUCUAGGAGGGAACUGGCCCUCUACACUAGCUCUGUGGCUGGUAGACCCUCUCACCUUUAAAGAGUGCCAGGGAGCACCUGGACAGACAUGCAGCUCCCUAGAAGAAGCAGAGCUCUGUGUCAGAGAAGGUGGCGUGUGUGUGACUGCAUUGGACGGUUACUAUGUGGAGUCUGUAGUGUGCAUUGUGAUUGGUCUCUGCUGGUGGAUCAUUUUCGGGAAAAAGUUGAAGCGAUUACAAGAAGAGAGCCCCUCUGCGUGGCAUUGCAGGGUUGCCAAAUAACAUCAUCUCUUCUGGACUCAGGACGCUACUGUCUCUCUUAUUUUGAAGUUACUCUAUUCUUUGCCCUCUCUCACCCUCUUUCUUCCACACACAGUGACUCCUAAUGUUUUUGUCUCACUACACAAGGCCUGUGGACAGGCUUGAAACUUUUGAGGACUGAAAUGGUAAAAUAUGCUGUACUGCUAAAUUAUUAUCAUCUGUACUCCAUUAUCCUCCAGAACCAUAAUUUUAAAGCCAAACUGAAGGUCAAUACAGCUAAUGAUUCACAGAAAUAGUUCGUGUAAAGAACUGAUGCAUAACAUUUAUUCUAAAAAACUAUAACAUGACAUUCACUGCUCAGUUGCCUGCUUAAUCAAGCAUUACCUGUGGCUUUUUUCCCCCCACUUUCCAAUAUGGUGCAAUAUUACAGAUAAGAAUGCAGAUCUUUUGAUAUCAUUCAGAUACCAUGUAUAAUGAAAUUAUUGCCACAACUUUAGUAUACAGAACAUUUUCAGCAUUCUAUGCCUUUAUUCAGAAAGACUUAACUGUAACUGUGCUGUCAGGUCUGAAAUUGAAUAUUGAUAUUUCUUCAGAGUUUCCCAGUUUCUGUUUUGGGCCAUGUUGUAGAUAUUGCAUUGGUUGGUCUUCUUUUGAUUGAUUGCUUAUUUCUGUAACACAUCAGAGAAUGUGGGCUGGGUUAGUCUGAUUCUGAGUUUAAGAUAUUAAAUCACUGAGGAAAAAAAAUGAACUUGUUUUCGACAUAAAAGGCAAGUGACAUUGUUCUUUUUAAUUUGUGGAUUUCUUAAUUUACCCUUUUCAGUAUGUUUUAUUUAUUCUGUAACUUUAAAAAAAAAAAAAAAUAAUUUUAAAUUUGUAAAAAGAAUUUUUUUUUAUGGCCAGUACUUUCAGUGCCAAAAGUCAUGUCUUUUGGAAAAAACAAAUUUUGUUUGCUUUGCCAAAACGUGUCAACAAAGUUAAUGAUUAGCUUUUCUAUAAAUGAUUUAGACAUUCCAGCAACUGAGUGGAAGGUCCAGAAUUUAAGGGACUAUAGUCUGUUAUUGGAUGUUUAUGCAAUCACCAGCACUUUUACUGCAGGGUAUAUGGGUCCUCGAUGGUGACUUGGGUGAAAUGAAAUUACUGUACAUUGCAUAAGCCUCUGUCUUUUAGGCUCACCAUUUUACUUGAUUUUAAAUUUGCAUCAUGCAAAUUUAUUUUCUUUGUUUAUUAAUUUAAUUAAAUGUUCACUUUAUUUUAUGUCACGGAGAGGGUACAGUUGCAGUGACUUUUGUAAAUACUUGUAAACCGUUCUAAGGAACGUUUUUAUAAACAUUCCCAAAGUUUAAUGUAAAAAAAAAAAAAAAAAAAGAAAACUGAAAUGCAAAUCUUAUAUGAAAAUAAAUGAAAGGAAGAUUUGA